AUGGCCGAACGAAGCUGCGACAGAGCAGAUCCAGCACCACGAAAGCGUGCGCUGGUCAGUUGCGACCGAUGCAAACUCCGGCGAGCACGAUGUAUUCGCGACAACCCAGACGAGCCAUGUGCGGACUGCAAGAUGAGUGGCGUGUUCUGCGAGUCGAAACUUCCGCGGAAGCAACGCGUCUACGGGAGUGUUGAGACGCUGAGUCUACGGUACAGAGCACUCGAAUCUCUAAUCAAGGGUCUCUUUCCUCAAGAAAAUGUUCAAGAUGUCAACAUAUUGUUCAGGCUUGCAGCAGAGAGGAACAUUCCUAUGCCAGCCAGCGACGACUUUAGACCUGCCGACAUCUUCAGCAGCCCUGCUCAACAACGGCCAUCACAAGGGCCACAACAGCACUUACCAAAACAGCACACAGCGCAGCAGACAUUCUCGCCACCGACAGCAGUGUCAUCACGGUCUACUGGCACGACCUCUCCCAUCUCUACGACAAAAGAGAGUCAACACAACCCCUUUUCUGAAGCACAGCAAUCCAGACGCAGCAACGAGGAGCUAGUUCCAACGCGACAUGGUGUGCCGCAUUAUUUCGGACCCUCUAGCAGCUUCCGUCUUGCCAUGACCAUCAGAGGGCUGGUAGCGCGGUGCAAGGCUGCUGGCGGAGACUUUGCAACCAUUCGAGCAUCUAGCUCUGACGCAACUAGCAGAGCGUCAAACCAAUCCUUACAGCGUACCAGCACAAACCUUUCAGAUGAAGAAUACACAAUGGGCGGGCUUGAAGGUAGAGGCUCACCAGCCCAGGAUUGCAGAGGACGCAAACGAUCGAGAACACAGAUGGAAGGGACGAACGGCUUGUGGGAAUAUCCAAACGAGCCCAACCAAGACACCAUCGGAGAUCUGCUACCUUCUCGGUCCCUCGCAGAUGCGCUCGUUUCAGCCUAUUUCGACCAUGUCCACGUCUACCUGCCCUUAUUCCAUAGAAGCAUGUUUCAGUUCCGCUUAGAGGCGACGUACUCGAGAAGAUCGGAGUCGCUGAAGGACUGUAAAGAUAUGGGCUGGCUUAUCUGUCUGUGUUUAGUCUUUUCAUUUGGCUGCCAGCACCUACAGGAGCAUGACCCAGAGCAGUCACACAAGCUGCGGAUAAAGUACCUCAGCUUCGUCAAGUCGUACUUUCGGUACCUUCUCAUGACAACGUCGAUCGUAAACGUCCAGGCACUGGUGCUUCUCAACGUCCAUCACCACAAUAUCGGCCAGAAGAGCAGCUCAUGGCUGCUGGUUGGAUUGGCUGCACGGAUGGCGAUCACGAUGGGCAUGCAUCGAGAUGCUACAAACAUGGAGUUCGAUCCGAUCGAGCGAAACACACGGAGGCAGGUGUGGUGGUCGAUCUACGGUUUCGAGCGGAUACUGUGCAGCAUCUUGGGACGGCCGACAGUUAUUGAUGACCACGAGAUGUCGAUGAAGAUACCGGAUGCACCCAUACUCGAGCAAAAGAGCAUGUCCGCCGAGUUUAUGACUUAUGCCUUCGAGGUAGCACGGAUGUCGUACACGAUCCGGCAGAGAGCAUACUUUGACUCGAACACUGCUGAAGAAAGAAUAUCGCGAGACUUUCUGGUCCAGAAGGUCGAGAGAAACAUCGCCUACCUUGAGGACAAACCGAUCCCUUACUCCGAGGAGCUGUCGAGAAUCUUAGCUCUGAGCGAAGAUUGUGUAGAGUCAGCUCAUCAAAGCAUACGAUGUAUAAUGGAGGGCGCUGACCUUUGUAUGAUCGGCUACUCCUCGCUGGAUCUGUUCUUCGUCUUCUACUCGAUCCUAAUCGUGUGUGCCGACUUUCUUGCACGUCCGAGGAAUCAACUGGACACCGCAAAGGAUGUUGAGCGGAAGGAAAUGGUGCGUGUCAUGCUAAAUCACAUCCGCGGAAUGAAGCUCGCCACCACAUACAACAUUCUCACCAAAAUCGCGAUACAAUUCGCGAGUAUGACCGGUGUGACUAAAGAACACGGGUCAACUCGAGGGGCGUUUGGCGGACAAGGGGGAGCAAGACUUGAUGAACACCAAGCAGCCCUGGGACGUGAUGAGACAUCACAAACUCUAGUUGAGAUAUCAGACAUCCAGGAAGACUAUUUCGCGAACGCAACGUCAAGCCUGGGCUUGGAAUUCUUUAACCUGCAAGAGGGUCCAGACACGCUACCGCUGCAUGCAGAACCUUCGACGUACCCCGAGCUGUGUCGUGCGCAGCCAAGCACCAACGAAGUCGAUGAUUGGACAGCUCGGACAUUGAGAGGGAUGCACACACUCUGAAUUAGUGACGCGCAUCAACACGAACGAACAACUUACACAUCGCAAUAAACAUCCCCUACAAAUUUUCAU